CUCCGCUGCGGUGACAAGAGCAGCAGAGAGGAAGGAGGAGGCACAGGGCGAUCACUCGGUCCAGCAGUCGGCAGCAUCAUGGCACCUAUCGGAUUAAAGGCGGUGGUCGGCGAAAAAAUUAUGAAUGAUGUAAUCAAGAAGGUGAAGAAGAAGGGAGAAUGGAAGGCUCUGAUCGUGGACCAGCUGAGUAUGAGGAUGUUGUCUUCCUGCUGCAAGAUGACGGACAUCAUGACGGAGGGCAUCACCAUCGUGGAGGACAUCAUGAAGCGACGAGAGCCUCUCCCGAGCCUGGAGGCCAUUUACCUGAUUACGCCCACAGAGAAGUCUGUCCACACCCUCAUCGGAGACUUCAAAGACCCUCAUUCAGCCAAAUACAAGGGGGCCCAUGUUUUCUUCACUGACUCUUGCCCUGAUCCUCUCUUCAAUGAGCUGGUUAAGAGUCGCGCUUCCAAAACCAUCAAGACUCUGACGGAGAUCAACAUCGCCUUCUUGCCCUACGAGUCCCAGGUGUACUCUUUGGACAACCAAGACGCCUUCCACAGUUUCUACAGCCCCCACAAGACCCAGCUGAAGAACCCGGUGAUGGAGCGGCUGGCUGAACAGCUGGCCACGCUCUGCGCCACCCUCAAAGAGUACCCCGCCGUAAGAUACCGGGGAGAGUACAAGGACAACGCCACCCUGGCCCAGCUGGUUCAAGACAAACUGGAUGCCUACAAGGCAGACGACCCCACGAUGGGAGAGGGUCCAGAUAAGGCCCGUUCCCAGCUCAUCAUCCUGGACAGAGCCUUUGACCCCGUCUCACCUGUACUUCAUGAGCUCACCUUCCAGGCCAUGGGCUACGACCUGCUGCCCAUCGAAAACGACGUCUACACAUAUGAGACCAGCGGCAUCGGAGACUCUCGUACAAAAGACGUGCUCCUGCACGAGGACGAUGACCUGUGGGUGAGCCUGAGACACAAACACAUAGCUGAAGUUUCCCAGGAGGUGACGCGCCAGCUGAAGGACUUUUCUGCCAGCAAGAGGAUGAACACUGGAGAGAAGACCACGAUGAGAGAUCUGUCCCAGAUGCUGAAGAAGAUGCCUCAGUACCAGAAGGAGCUCAGCAAGUACUCCACUCACCUGCAGCUGGCUGAGGACUGCAUGAAGCAUUACCAGGGAACAGUGGAUAAGCUGUGCCGCGUGGAGCAGGAUUUGGCGAUGGGCACAGACGCUGAGGGAGAGAAGAUCAAAGACCCCAUGAGGGCCAUCGUGCCCAUCCUGCUGGAUGCCAAUGUCACCACCUACGACAAGAUCCGCAUCAUCCUGCUCUACAUCUUCCUCAAGAACGGCAUCACGGAGGAGAAUCUGAACAAGUUGAUCCAGCACGCCCAGAUUCCUCCUGAGGACAGUGAGAUCAUCACCAACAUGGCUAACCUGGGUGUCCCCAUUGUCACAGAUUCCACCCUUCGCAGAGGAAAGAAGUUGGACAGGAAGGAGCGUGUGAGCGAGCAGACGUAUCAGCUGUCCCGUUGGACACCACUGGUCAAGGACAUCAUGGAGGAUGCAAUUGAUGAUAAGCUGGACACCAAGCACUACCCCUACAUCUCCACCCGUUCCUCUGCUUCUUUCAGCACCACUGCAGUCAGUGCUCGAUACGGCCACUGGCACAAGAACAAAACACCUGGCGAGUACCGCACCGGGCCACGAGUCAUGGUCUUCGUCAUCGGCGGUGUGUCCUUCAGCGAGAUGCGCUGCGCCUAUGAAGUCACGCAGGCCAACGGGAAGUGGGAAGCCAUCAUUGGUUCCACCCACAUGCUCACCCCCACCAAAUUCUUAUCGGACCUGCAGCACCCCGACUUCCGAGAGUCCACUAGGGUGUCCUUUGAGGACGCAGACCCCUCAGCCGAGUGAGGCAGAGACAGAUUGGGAGGGAGGGAGAGAGAAAUCACACAGAAAAGAGCGACCCACAUCUUCACUCCCACCUGCCUGCUGGAGCAGCUCAAGGCCAUGAACAAACCAGAUGAGGAAGUGACGAGCUAAAAGCCUCACAUCACAUCUUCCUCCACCACCCCAACCACCCAUGUUACCUCCGUAUCCUUCCCAGCCACAUCCAGUCUAUUCAUUGUGUAUGCAUCUUGCUUGAGAGAAAAAAAAAUAUGUCUUAGAUGAUUAAAAAAGAAAAAAAUAUAUAUAUAUGUUAUAUCAAAGAAGAAAAUUGUUGCAAGUAUUCUCAUGUUUUCCAAUGGAUGCAACUAAAUAAACUUAUUUAAAAAGGAUUAUAUGUCUAAACAGAAGGCCAUUAAAAACAGAAAGUACCAAAAUGACCUACUGUAUGCUAUAAAGCCCUCUAGAGUGUGUAAAAGUUAGACAUUUUUCUCUUGUUCACUCCUUUGGGUUACCUCCUUGAUGUGAGUUGUACUGGAAGCAGGUGGAGGGGGGAUGUGCACCUUGAGAGGUUCAUAUUGUAAAAUAUAUCACUCACUAUACAAUAGCCUUCAUCUACACUCCCCUGCCGCUUUAUUAGGUACACCAAGUGUACCUAAGUGUACCUAAUAAAGUGUCCGGUGAGUGUCUGCCACAUCAGAGAGGAGCCCCAGCCCCAUUUCAGAUGUCGUAUUCAGUAGCAUGCUUGGAUUUGUGUGACAUGUUCUGUGUUUUUAUCAAGUGUGGGAGCAGCACAGCUGGCAUUUAGCUCAUUCCUAAGAUGUUUUGGUUGAAUACGUAACCAAAAACCAUUGUUUCGAGUAUCAAAGAGGAUAAAAACAUGCUUUGAAACCUCCCUGCCCGCCAGCUAUCCACAGUUCAGGUUGUGUAGUGUAGCUAGGAGUUAGGAGGUGGUCUCUUUUUGUUUGUCUGAGAAAUUCAAAUCAGUCAUUUUAUUUAUUUAGCGUCAACUUAUGCAACUUGUUCAUAAUACAUGUUUUUGCUGUUGGCUUACUAAGCUGUAACCCAAAGUUUUUUUUUUUUUUUUAAAUCAUCUUGCGAUGGAAAUGUUUUGAAAAGCGUAUAGUUGGGAAGUAGCAGCGAACAAACAUAUAGACCACUUCCGUUGCCAAAAUGGGCACGCGACAUUAUAUGACGUAGGCUGAAAAAGGGUCUAUAGAUGUAGUUUUAGAAGUAGCUCCUGAGUGCUUGAUGCUAGUGAUGUUCCAUACCACCGAUCUCCUUUCAGAUCAGAUAUUGAGAAAAAUCCAGGCUGGUAUCAUCGAUACCGAUUUGAUACUGAUACAUUGUGCAAAUACACCUAAUGUGCCUGGUACAUCUAAGAAAAUUGGUGUAUUUUAGAUGGCUUAAUAAUACAAGACAUCAGAGUCGAACAAUAUAGCCGAACUAUUACAACAACAAAACAAGAGUGUUUAAGAAAGGUGUUUCCAUCACUAAAAAAGUUCCUAAGUAAAAUAACAAAAACCAUUUAAAUAAAUAAGAGAAUAUUAAACAAAAAUAAGAACUUCUAUAAAAAUGAAAAUGAAAAAAGUAGUUCCCAUCAGCAGCGUGUCGUUUAGAGAAAAUCUGAAUAGUUUAGUUACUUUCCCCCGUAUCAAAAGUAUCGAUAUUUUCAUUUAAUAAUCAAUUUUAGAGCAUACAGAUCUGGUAUUGGAAGUAUGGAUAGUUCAGUAUUGAUCCGCACAUCACUAGUACACAUCACUACUUGAUACUCAAAACAAGUUCUCGGUUUGAGUAUUCAGUUAAAAUGCUUGGCUGAGCAGACGAGACAAAUGAAGAGAGUUCUGAAAAAGCCAAAAUCCUCCCUCCAGCUGCCUGAACCGUAUUUUUCUUCCCAUUCUUCAGAAAAACGUCAUGUUUUAAUGUUUAAAAGGCCGUUGCUUGCUGAUAUUUAAUGACGAAUCUUAAAAAGGGCCAGUUGUAUUUCAGUAUUGUAUCCUGUCAGAUUAAAUCUUUUCAUCGGUUUGUAAAGAUGUUUAACUGGGCCAUGCACUGAGUAGUGUUGUGUAUGCAUUAUGUUGCCGUUUUAGCGUCUUACUGUUGAAUGGUGAUUUUCCUGAUUGUGCUGUAGUGAUGCUUUUCCUUUAAAAUGCCAAUGUGAAGCCGCCGUGUUUGUGACGUUUUAGCUGUAGCUGUUAGUGGUCCACUGGGAAAGAAAAUAUCUAUUUUCUUUGUCUGUUUCCUCCUCUGGUGCAACGUAAAACCCUCCAAUGGUGUAUGGCUUUGCAAGCAAAAAAAACUCGACAAAAAACAAAAAAACUAACCUGUUCCCACUUUUAUUUCCUCCCUCGACUCUCCUGGCCAAAAACAAGUUGUAUAUUGCACUAUUAUGCAUUUUCUGUGAUGCAAAUGCUUGAAUUAUUUUUUUUUUAUUUAUAUUAUUAUUAUUUGCUGUUGUAUAGAGUCGACUCUGUUAAAUCAAUUGAUUUAUAUCAAAGUUAUCAGUGAAAAAUAAUAUUUAAACAUUAGUCCGUCCUAAAACCAUCUCAUUUAUCGGAAUUGUAUGUUUGCAAGUGUCGAAGCACAAACAGUACUUCCAUGUGCACCUAAUAUGUACUAAGGCUGUCUAAUAAAUUGGCUUCCAUUAUAUCAAAG